GAUAGAUCAGAAUUGCAUAAGUUCUUGAUAGACAGACCGAGUUGUCAUUUUUGAGUCACGACUCUUCGCUCGUGAAAGGAAUCACAACUCUCGUGUGUGUGUCUUUAUCCAAAGUUAUGGCUAUGACAAAUGAAGGUCUCAGGGGUCUAGCGACACAAUCCGCUCAGUCGCCAUCAAGGCUCAGCUGAGACUUCGUUUGAAAAGGCUGUGAAGGCCAGGCCGUGCGAGAUAGAGUCUCACGCUUCAGCCAUUCUGGCCUGAAGUGCUCCUCUUACGUUAUUGCUCCUCGACCUCGGAACAGAGGCCACCCAGACCAGUAGAUCGCACUUAAGUGUGUGUUGUUCCUCUUCUGCCAGUGAAUGAAUGGGUGAUCGACGAUCGGCCGAGCUAAACUUGCUUACCAAGGUGGUCACCGAACGAAGAAAGACAAUUCAUUUCCCUGUUGCAGGGACGAUGGUGGUGAGGUACUGGUGGGCUGUGGGCCGAACCUCGAACUAACAUACGUACUUACCACCACAUACAUGCAUACAUACAUACAUACACACCUACAUACAUGUAACUCCUUUGACGUGCUGCGUGCUGGUCUCGCUUGAACUGCCCGGGGUAAGGUGGAGCAGUGCUUUUGGAAAUAAGUGGCUGUGGGCCUGAACGCAGUACAUCAGUACAUACAUACACAUGUUACUGAUGAGCGGAUACCCUCCAAAUACACAUCGUACAUAUCUAGAGGUCGUCGCUGUUCCAACAUCCAGCCAGAGAUGCUGCCAACACGAGCUUGGGAGAGCCAAGGAUAUUGUUGCUAAAAAGCACCCUCAGUAAGUGAGUGAGAGAGUGUAUCAGUGAUUGGGUUGAGUGAGCGAGUGUACUCCAAAGAAACCCUAGUCUCGAGCCGAUCGGCCAUGUUGAUCAUGGGUGGACAUCAACUGGAGAGGACGGCCAAGAAUACCAAUGGGCAAGAUUGGGUGCUGCCAGUGACCUCCUGUGGGUAGGAGGGGGAGGUCAUGGUGUGUGAGAGACCCGCCAGUGCUCAAGUUGUUCGACUCCACUCUCGCCAAUCCGAAUCCAGGAUAACAUUGGCCAAGUAGGAGUACUUGACAACUCCAAAAGUCUUGGACCGACUAACACGCACCUGCCCAACAACAAAAACGUGAGUCCUGGAAGACCUCCUGGCGUGUCAACAACUAGUGCCAGUACUGGAUGUGGUAGUCAUCUUAGUGGGGAAGCAUUUUCGCAUCCUUUGGCUGCUGCUGCUGCUGCAGCUAGCCAUUCUAACCACAAUGGUUACUUUACCCAUCCAAAUUAUGACCAAGCCAACUGUAAUGGCUUGUCCCUGACCGGCCCCUCUCAUUUCCCUGGAGCCUCACAUGAGGCCACUCAACGGCUUGGCGCUGACCAUGGCCAAUCUAGAACCUUUUCACAAACACCCUUGGGUCAUGCUCAAGGGGGACUAACUGGUCAUCCCGGCAACAUCUCAAGGCAUCGUCCAAGUUUGAGUGAUUCUGCUAGCUCUGAUAGAGUUCAAGCCAGCACUCCCACCAUGGGAAAGAAAAGGAAAGACAUGGAUGAAAUGUCCAAUUACUCCGAGGAUGGGACGGUGGCAAGUGGACCGGCUCGGAAACCAUUGCGGCUCUCACCUAGUGAAGAGCAGAAAAAGUACGUUCGCCAAAACCAUAGUGAAAUUGAGAAACGACGCAGAGACAAGAUGAACACCUACAUUACUGAACUAUCUUGUAUGAUCCCAACUUGUGUGGCUAUGUCCAGGAAGAUGGAUAAACUCACCGUUCUUCGUUUGGCUGUGCAACAUCUCAAGUCGUUACGAGGAUCACUGACCUCGUUCACAGAGGGGCUCUACAAACCUCCAAUGCUGACUGAGCAGGAGCUCAAGCAAUUGAUUCUUCAAUCCGCAGACGGAUUCCUCUUUGUGGUGGAUUCGGCUCGGGGGCGAAUGCUGUACGUGUCUGAAUCAGUUAAUCAAGUGUUGAAUUAUUCUCAGGGUGACCUUUUUGGGCAAUCUCUCUUUGACAUCUUGCAUCCAAAGGAUAUUGCAAAGGUCAAGGAACAAAUGUCUUCCUCUGAUAUCACGCCUCGUGAGCGCCUCAUCGACUCAAAGACCAUGCUACCUGUGAAAGGGGCAGCGGCGGCGGCUUCUGCCUCGCAAGUUCCACCAACUUUAGGACGCCUUUGUCCCGGUGCCCGACGGUCGUUUUACUGCCGAAUGAAGGCCAAAUGCAACUCCAUCAAAGAAGAGCUUCCGCCGGAAACAAGUCCAAACGCUACGCCUUCAUCUUCUAGGAGGUACAAAAAGUCGCAUCCUGGAGACAAGAAAUACGUGGUAAUUCAAUGCACGGGCUACCUUAAGUCUUGGGCUCUGACUAAAAUGGGAACAGGGGUCACCGAAGAGCUCAACGACCCGGAAAGCCAGGACAGCAAUCCAUGCAUGUCCUGCCUUGUGGCUGUCGGCCGUCUCAAGCCCUCUCUAGACGAGGCCAUCAAAGACUCGGUAGAUAUGGGAUUUAGGCAUGUACCUGGAGUCGAAUUCACUGCUAGAUUAACAGUAGAUGGGUUCAUCUCGUAUGUGGACCAACGAGUUACAACCGUAUUGGGAUAUUUACCUCAGGAACUGGUUGGUACAAGUAUUUAUGGCUAUGUUCAACCUACGGACCUCUCAGUAAUCGAACAAUGUCAUAGAAAAGCUCUGACGUUCAAAGAGGAGGUGAAGACCACAAGAUUUCGGUUUCGCUCCAAAGAUGGGGAGUUCUUUUGCUUGGAGGCCAGUUGGCGACAGUUCCGGAAUCCAUGGAACAAAGAGAUUGAGUAUAUCGUGUCCAAAUAUUUUUUUUGUGUGGCCAAUGACGAGGAUUCUGGCCAAGAGUCCAGCCAAAUGAUCUCAAACAUGACGGAUCCUUCCGUUCAUCAGAACUCGUAUGGGUCAUCCGGUGGUGAUAUUAACUUCUUUAGUGACCCAGGUCGAAGUCAGUCGCGUUCUAGUCAUGUAUCAACUGACUUUCAAAAGGCGAUCACUAGUCAUGCGGACGCGGCCAAAAUUGGGCGUCAAAUUGCUGAAGAGCUCCAGUCCCGCAAUUGCAACUCGGACUCAUCCAGUAACAGUCCAAUAUCACGGCUUGUUCAAAACAGUAGUCCCAAUGAUUUCAACAACCCUAGCUCAAUUCCCCCUCCAGUGGGUGGCCCUUACUCAGCUGAAACUUCGAAUCAAGCCAAUCCUUCACUAAUGCAAGAGGCCUUGGAAGCAGUUAAAGAGGAACAACUCAUGGCAUCGAAUCCACCCAGUGUUAUGUCUAUGGGCCUCUCAUCUGGCAUGAACCGAGGGAUGUCUCCGGGUCCACCUAUGGGAGGAGUCCGCAAUCAAUCAUGUGAUUCAGCCGGAGAAGAGGUGUGUACGCCCACCAUGCUCAAUAGCGGCACAGACUCGUCGUCAGAAAUGGACCGAGGUCCCAAAGAAGGCGGUAAUGACGAAGCUGCAAUGGCUGUCAUCAUGAGUUUGUUGGAGGCUGAUGCAGGCCUCGGAGGUCCCGUCGACUUUUCCGGACUCCCUUGGCCGCUUCCCUGAAGACUGUUGUUAGAAAUAAUGGAUUUCGAUCCGACAAAAUCAAAUUGUUAGCCGAUAUAUUGUUACUUUUAGAGACGCUACAUGUAAUUCUUCGUGUCUAACUCAAAACUACUAUUUGUACGACCACUUUCACAAAUAUUUGGUGUUGCACUGUGUGUUGUAUCAGCACGGCCACUUUCAACCCUCCAU